AUGUCGGCUGCCGCUCCUCAUGGCUGGAACCUUCAUCACGGGCUGUCUCACGGAGGCGUCUACAGUAACCAGCACAGUUUUGGUGGCUAUGGCGCUGCUCAAAAUGCCGUAUCUCAGUACCCGAGCGCUACGAAUCCUGGACCAUGGCAGUCAUCGGUGGGAGGAAGCAGUGGCGGCUGGGUGAAUCAUGGAUAUCCCUAUCACGAUACACUCACUGGUACAGCUCAUUCCUUCUACCCGCCACCGACUUCGUCAUAUGGCCUACCUCGUCCUUCCUCCAUGGCUGGGGACAGUGGAGUGAUGCAUUUGUCCGGAGCGGAAGCUUCAGCCAUGUCGAGACCCGCCAAUCCCUAUUUCACUAACGCAGUGAGACAAAAAGAAUCAACCGAGUCUGCUCAUCUUAAAGCGCCGACUGGGGAUGCAGUCUCUUGGGCAGAUACGCUCAGCCUUGCCUCUCGUCAAGUGACCAGUCCCCAGGAGGUUGAGUGGGAGAGGCAAGCAGAGGUCAAUAAGAAGAACCUGGAAAGUAAUGCUCCCCGACACAGAAGUCUCGCUGAAGUCAACGCGGCUUUCGACGCCUCAAUGUCCGAACCUGCCUCUACCACUAGACUGAGCCUUUCACCAAAGAAGAGUGUCGGGUAUUCAUCAGAUUCUGCCUUUGUCUCUCAUCCUCGCAGAACAGGAGGAAUCCUCAAGAAGAAUGGGUAUGGACCCCCAAACCUUGGUUCACAUCCGUCAUCCGCCGUCUCGUUCGUGCCGUCUGCCAUGGGACACGGGUACAGUCCACAGUCGUCCGCGUACAGUGGAUUAUCGUACAGGCCACAACAUACAAUGCAGUCAAACUAUGCGCCGAGUACCUAUCAGACUGGCUCAUGGCCGAGCUCUUUGCCGCUGUCGCUUCCGAAUCCAGUUCAAUCAGUAUCUCCCUGGAUCCAGAGUUCGCCAAUGGGAUACCCGAAUGUGGGACAAGAAUCAGUGCCGGCCAGUCAGGGUCGAACCACCGUUGCGCCUUCUUACAUCACUGUAAAUGACCCAAAUACGGGACCUAUCCAUAUCGCACUUCCGCCAGAGUUGACACGAUAUCUCCAAGAGACCACAGCUCCAGCCACAGCAGCGUCAUUCACCAACUCGUCACAACCCACUAUCCCACCCUCCACUGCCACUGUACUUUCAAACUUCGAUUGCCAUGCCCAACAUCAAACCCCCUAUUCCUAUCCCUCGACCCACUGGUCUUUCCCAGCAAUGCCCCAACCUACAACGAGGACGGAAGAAAUCAACGGCCGGACAGUAACCAUCCCGUACAACUCGAUCGUUACUGGUGUCUAUGAUCCGAAUGGGCCCGUUACAGAGACUUCCAUACUCAGCGAGGCUGAUAUCAAAGAGCUAGGUGGUCCUCAGCGAUUUGCAGAGCUCGAAGAGUACGCCCAGUCUUUGGGUCUGGACUUUUUCAAUCUCAAUGAAAAACACCUUGAAGAGUUCCUACGUCCAACUGAACUGUCUUAUGCUCAACAGAUGCGUGCAGAUAGCAGAGCUUCGGCUUUGGCCGUUGGACCGAGGCGUGAGAGAACAGCGGCUAUCCGAGGGACCGAGGCAGAGUGGACGAAAGACAAGCCAUUCGAUCGAUAUGACCUACCCAGCGUUCGAUACAGGUCGACACAUACGAGUGUGGCAGGCACUGAAGUGCCUUAUUCUGUCGUGGAGAUUGCCUCGACUGGAUUCCUUCAUCCUGUCAUUUCGCUUUGCGAAAGUCAAGUAGACGACGACCUCGCUGAUGGUACGUCUGCGGUCUUCACCGUGACGGAGGGUGAGCGUGGAUAUCGUCGGAAUCUCACCAGCGGCGCCAUGUCCUUGGUAACCAUUCAGCGCGGAGCAGACAUGAGGGAGGGGAAAAAUUAUCAUCUGUGGAGGACAAAAGGUCACAAGACUGGUACAUCCCACGGCUCCGAGGGAUUCAGAUUUGACGUUCCCAAUGGACUACGCCGACGAGGCGCGACGGUCGCUUCGACGGUGCACGUCCGUACUCUGGACCCGCCUGCAACCGCAUCGUCGAGCUCUUGA